AUGGCAGCAUCCGCGAUUUUCAUUUUGGACAUUAAAGGCAAGGUGCUCAUAUGUCGUAACUACAUGGGCGACAUAGACAUGAACGAAAUCGACCAUUUCAUGCCAAUCAUGAUGAAGAGGGAGGAAGAGGCGGAGCUGUCGCCCGUGGUAACCCAUGGCUCCACCCACUUCCUGUGGAUCAAGCAUAGCAACCUCUACUUGGUGGCCAUGACCAAGAAGAACACCAAUGCAGCUCUUGUCUAUUCGUUCCUGUAUAAAAUAGUGGAGGUGUUUAUGGAGUACUUUAAGGCGCUGGAGGAAGAGAGUAUCCGUGAUAACUUUGUGACGGUGUAUGAGUUAAUGGACGAGGUGAUGGACUUUGGUUUCCCACAGACCACGGACAGUAAAAUCUUACUGGAAUACAUUACCCAACAAGGUCACAAGCUGGAGGUCGGCGCUCCGCGACCCCCAGCAACGGUUACCAACGCGGUGUCAUGGAGGUCAGAGGGCAUCAAAUACCGUAAAAAUGAAGUCUUCAUGGAUGUCAUUGAGUCUGUUAACCUGCUGGUGAGUGCCACCGGCAGCGUGUUGCGCAGUGAGAUUCUGGGCAGUAUAAAGUUGAAAGUCAUUCUGUCGGGCAUGCCGGAGCUGAGACUGGGCCUCAAUGACAAAGUGCUCUUUGAGAACACGGGUCUCUCAGGAGAGAAGAGUAAGUCUGUAGACUUGGAGGAUGUGAAGUUUCAUCAGUGUGUGCGUCUCUCUCGCUUUGAAAAUGACAGAACCAUCUCCUUCAUCCCUCCGGACGGAGAGUCUGAGCUUAUGUCUUACCGCCUUAACACCACAGUGAAGCCUCUGUUUUGGAUAGAGAGUGUGAUCGAAAGGUUCUCCCACAGUCGAGUGGAGAUCAAGGUUAAGGCACGUAGCCAGUUUAAAAGUCGCUCCACUGCCAAUAACGUUUCCAUCCUGGUGCCUGUGCCCAGCGAUGCUGAUUCACCCAAGUUUAAGACGAGCAUGGGUCAGGCCAAGUGGGUCCCCGAGAAAAACGCAGUGGAGUGGAGCAUUAAGUCUUUUCCUGGUGGGAAGGAGUACAUUAUGAGAGCACAUUUUGGCCUGCCUAGCGUGGAGAGUGAUGAACUGGAAGCAAAGCGACCAAUCACAGUCAAGUUUGAGAUUCCAUAUUUCACUGUGUCUGGGAUUCAGGUACGCUAUCUGAAGAUCAUUGAGAAAAGUGGAUAUCAGGCCUUACCAUGGGUACGCUACAUUACACAGAGCGGAGAUUACCAGGUGAGGACGAACUGA